AUGGCUUCUAUUGCCGGUGCUUCCCAUUUUUCGAAUCUUGAGGCUGUCCCUCUUGAUCCGCAUUAUGCCCUCAAAGAGGCUUUUGCUGGUGAUACCGAUUCCGAUAAAGUCAUCCUUGGCUCGGGGAUCUACAGAGAUGGAAACUCAAAGCCAUGGGUGUUGCCUUCGAUUGAAGAAGCAGAGAGGGUGGUUGAUGGAAAUAAGACCUCCGCUCGUUAUGAGUACCUCCCAAUCUCUGGGUACGAGACAUUCGUUACUGCAGCUCGGGAUUUGCUGUUUGGUCCCGUUGGUCCUAGAGCGGAUUGCUUCGCAUCCUUACAAACGAUAUCUGGGACGGGAGCCAACGCGCUUGGAGCACAAUUCUUGUUCAGGUCGCUAACUCCGUCGGCUGUGUGGUUAUCCAACCCAAGCUGGGUAAAUCACGCCAAUAUCUGGGGUCUUACUGGUGUCAAGGUCAAAACUUACCCUUAUUGGGAUGCUCAAAGAAAGGUGUUGGAUUUUGAAGGCAUGAUCCAAACGCUGGAGACAGACGCUGUUUCAGGAGACGUGAUCGUAUUGCAUAGUUGUGCUCAUAAUCCGACCGGGGUUGACCCGACUAAAGAUCAAUGGAGAAGGAUCGCGGACAUCUGCGAACGCCGUGCUUUGAAGGGCUAUUACUCACGAGAUAUCGACAGCCAAGGGUUUGCUACCGGGGAUGUGGACGAGGACGCUUGGGCUUUACGGCAUUUUGUGUCGCGGGGAACUCUCGAACUCGCGGCGGCCCAGUCUUUUUCAAAGAAUAUGGGCCUUUAUGGCGAGCGUGUUGGUGCCUUGCACCUCCUCGCGAGUUCCCCCGAAGGAGCUGUGAAGGCCAAGGGACAUUUAUGUCGCCUUCAGCGAGGGCAAAUCUCACAGCCGCCCCGACGAGGCGCACAUCUGGCCACGGCUAUUCUGACUGAUCAAGUGUUAUUCCAGAAAUGGCUCAAUGACCUGCACGAGAUGAGCUCCCGAAUCACAAGUAUGCGGCAGGCACUGUAUGAAGAAUUGAUUUCGCUGGGGACACCCGGAAAGUGGGAACACAUAAUAUCACAGAUCGGAAUGUUUUCUUAUACCGGUCUGACCCCUGUCCAGGUGGAAGCUAUCCGGGCGGAGAGUCAUGUCUAUAUUCUGAAUUCUGGACGAAUCUCGAUUGCGGGCCUCACUUCAGCCAACGUCAAGCACGUGGCUCGUGGAAUAGAUCAAGCAGUUAGAAGAUUCCCAGCCUAG